GAGCGCCAGAGCCGGGAGGAAGACGCACAUGCGGGGAGCGCGCGGAGGAAGAGAAGCUGAGCACUCGCGGACGCCAAAAGGGCAGCAGCGACGGGCGGGGCAGCAAGAUGGGGAGGCGCGCUCGCCCAGCGGACCUCAGCCAAGAGCGGAGCGGCUUGAUGGCAGGAUGCAUCCGCGGGGAGAAAGACAGGAGAGCGAGUGGCGCACGGCUGAUCGACAGCAGGCGCAUGGAGGAGGACGACGCGCGGAGUCCCGCUCGCCUGAGCUGUGUUGGCAGCAGGAAGGGCGACAGAGGGGAGGAUCACGCUCGUCGCGCCAACAGAGGCGGUGGGACAAGAGGCCCAGUGGCGAAUCACGCUCGCCCGACCGACGCCGCCACCGAGAAGGAAGGAUGGACGAGGCGAGACACUCACCGUCCGACCAUCAGCAGCAGGGAAGAGGCAGGGAAGGGUGGGCACCAUCGCCGACAAGGCGCCGACUACACGAGAGACGGGGAGAAGAAUGGGAGAGGAGGGACCACUCACCGGCGCGGCGGUGGGAGCGGUCGGGGAAGGAAGGUGGUCAGUGGAAACAGCAAAGUGAGGCGCGUCGGGACCAUCGAGAGAGCAGGACCAAGAGUGGAAGCCUGA